GCUACGUGUAAUUCUAGGGGAAAAUGGCAGAUAGGAAAAAUAACAAUGUUCCCAACAGCAGUGCAAAUUUGCUCUUCAGCGGUGCUCCGGAGUUUAAUUUCAAUUUGCCUUUCAUGCCAGUGAGUCAGGCCACUGGUCCGGCGGUGUUAUCCGGAGAUGAUUCCACUGACGUUGGAGAAGAAGACAGCUUUCUAGGGCAGAUCUCUGGGAAUGGACCAGCCCCCUCUACUUUCAACUACUUCUCCAGUCCCGUAACCACCAGCGACCCGUUUGCAUCCAUCUGCCAGUCGCCAUGCCCACCGCCAGCCCUCUCAGUACCCCAGACGACAGCAGGCCUGGUUUCUGUUCCCAGCAGUAUCAGCAUGGCUCCCGUGCCUCCUCCAGGCUCACAAAUGAACCCUGCUCCUCCAGCGUUUGGCAACGCAGUGUACCAGAGCCCAAUGGGGCGUCACACUCCUCCCCCCACCACAAUGACACCACCACCUCCCCAGAUGCAGCCACAGAGUCAUAACCCGUACCGACACACCCCCAUUAGCAGCAGAGCCAGUCCUUAUAUUCCAGCUCCGGAAGUCCUGCCGCCAACACACACGCCGCAGCAGAACCCGUACUCUCUUGGCUCUCCGCCACAGACAUUCCCGCUGUCAGGACCCACAUACACUAAGCCUCCUCCCACACAAAUUCAAGCCCCUCCACCUCAAGCCAGCACCGCUGGAGCAAUAGUUCCUGCUAAUCCCAUGAUGCCGUACAACUACAAUGUCUAUGAACCUGUUCAGCCUCACUGGUUUUACUGCAAGCAAGUGGAAUCAAAGAGCAUGUGGCUUCCUUUCAGUAUCAUUGACUCUCUUCAGCUAGAGGAGACGUAUAACUCAGUUCAACCAGACCCAGAAAAUGUGAUUGUACGAACAGACGGAGGGCGCUACGACGUGCAGCUCUACGACCGCAUACGGACUUCUGUCUACUGGGAGGAGGAACCUACAGAAGUCCGGCGCUGCUCUUGGUUCUACAAAGGGGACACGGAUAGUCGCUUUAUUCCUUACUCUGAGGAGUUUAGUGACAAGCUGGAGGGAGAGUAUAAGAAAGCUGUCUCAACCAACCAGUGGCACCGUAGACUGGAGUUCCCAUCGGGGGAGACCAUUGUCAUGCACAAUCCAAAGGUGAUUGUGCAGUUUCAGCCCUCCUCCAUCCCAGACGAGUGGGGCACGACUCAGGACGGGCAGACCAGGCCCAGAGUGGUGAAGAGAGGCAUUGAUGAUGACCAUGACGAAGUUCCUGAUGGUGAGCUCGCUAAGGUGGAUCAUCUCGUGUUCAUGGUUCAUGGAAUCGGUCCCGUGUGUGACCUGAGGUUUAGAAGCAUGGUCGAGUGUGUCGACGACUUCCGCAGUGUGUCACUGAAGCUGCUGCACAGUCACUUUAAGAAACCGCUGGACGAGCACGCCAUCAGCAGGGUGGAGUUCCUGCCUGUCCAGUGGCACACGGCUCUACAUGGAGAUGCGACAGGGGUAGACAGGAGGAUAAAGAAGAUCACCCUGCCCAGUACUGGACGUUUACGUCACUUUACAAAUGAGACUUUGUUAGAUGUGCUUUUCUACAACAGUCCCACCUACUGCCAGACCAUUAUGGACACAGUUGCCCAAGAGAUUAAUAGACUUUAUGCCCUGUUCAAGAAGAGGAACCCAGACUACAGAGGAGGCAUAUCAGUGUCCGGACACAGCUUAGGUUCCCUGAUUCUCUUUGACCUGUUGUCAAAUCAGAAGAAUCCUGCAGCAGCCACACCAGUCAUACCUACCGCUAAUGAAGACACCAAACAGGUGACCGCCGCCGUCACACAGGCAGUCACUCCUCCAGCUGUGGAAGAGGAGCCCAAAGAAGACGGGGAAGAGUUUGAGGAUCUUUCUGCUGUGCUGGAACAUCUGGGCCUGUCUGAGUACAAGAGUACCUUCGAUGAGGAGAGGAUUGACAUAGAAUCUUUUCUUAUGUGCACAAUCGAAGACCUGAAAGAAAUGGGAAUCCCACUGGGUCCUCGGAAAAAGAUCGCCAAGUUUGUCAAAGAAAGAGUGAAUAAGCAGGCUGCACGUCAGGCGGCGCAGGAGAAGAAAGCGGAGGUCAAAGAGGUCAGUCAGGUUGCAGCGCCUCCACCGGCAGUUGAAGCUCCUCCUGAUUCCUGCGUGAAGAAGCUUCCUGUCGGCAACACUGUCUCCUCCGUCCACGUCAACUACAAUUACUUUGAAGUUGGGACUGGACAGGUGUCGGUGAUCUACCACACUCUGGACUUUGAGCCAGUGAAUUUCUUUGCCCUGGGUUCUCCGAUCGGCAUGUUCCUGACAGUUCGAGGACUGGAAAAAAUUGAAGAGAGCUACCAGCUGCCCACGUGCAAAGGAUUCUUCAAUAUUUACCAUCCGUUGGAUCCAGUGGCGUACAGGAUUGAGCCCAUGAUAUUACCAGACUUGGAGCUGAAGCCAGUUUUGAUCCCACAUCACAAAGGGAGGAAGAGGCUCCACCUCGAGCUGAAGGAGAGUCUCACCAGGAUGGGCUCCGACCUGAAGCACGGUUUUAUCAGCUCCCUUAAGACCGCUUGGCAGACACUCAAUGAGUUCGCUCGCGCCCACACCGCGUCCGCCCAGCUUCAGGCUGAGCUGGCCAUCGUAGCCAAUCAGAUCGAAGAGCAGGAGAAGCAGGCACAGGAGGUUACAGAGCAUAAGAUCCCGGAGAGCCUGGAGAUACAGAAGGAAGAGGAGCCUCAGGUGAAGAUUGGGAUGCUGAACGGAGGGAAUCGCAUCGACUACGUCCUGCAGGAGAAGCCCAUCGAGAGCUUCAACGAGUACCUGUUUGCCCUCCAGAGUCAUCUCUGCUACUGGGAGUCUGAAGACACAGCUCUGCUUCUUCUCAAAGAGAUCUACAAGUCCAUGGGGAUCCAUCCAGAACAGCUCACACAUUAAAUACAAUGAAGUACCUGAGAUCAAAAUACGCCGUCUGAAACCUUCCCAUUGCUUUUAUUUCAUGUCAGCUCUCCUGGAUUUUGAUCUUUUUCUUUUACUUUCUAUUCAUGUAGUUUACUGUAUGCAGAUGAAUAAUACAAUUGUAUUAUGCCAUUUGUCUUAAAUUAAGAAACAUACGAUUAUAAGAAAUGAUACAUUUGAUAUUACAUUUUUAUAGUAUAAAUUAUAGAGCUGGCCACGUUUACUGAACAUACAUGUUGUCAUUAAAUCAAAUGCUAACACCAGAAGUGAGUGCAGCCUUCUGUAAGUUUUAUUUCAUGGCCAAAAUGUCAAAAUAAAUCAUUUCUUUGCACAGGAUCUUUCUGAUUGAACUGUUGUGUACCGCUGAGAGGAAGACAUGUAACAUUUCUCCUGCAGGAUGACUAUCUACAAAAAGCUGUAAUACUUGCAAAAACAUUGAAUAAAAAUAAUUACAGUACAUGAUGAGAUGCAAGAAUAACCUGCUUUCAUUCUGAGAAAAAAAAAUAAAAAAGCAUGUCCCA